UUCGAGAAUGGGACGACUGAUAUGAUACCCAAUUUUUUGUUUUUUGUUUUCUGUUUUUGAAAUUUCCACUUUUUAUAAUUAUUGACAAUGUUAGUAGAUAGAAAUACAUAGGAACUUAUGGGUGCGAGUGGUAUUUAUUAGCUUAAGUUUCCCCUCUACUUGUGGAAUUGUCUCUGAUGUCCAAUUUUGUUAUCACGUUCCUCAAUCACUUGUGCUUACUUUACUUACGAUUAUGUGGACGACAGGGUCUGGUCUGUAGUCUAUUAUAUAUUUGGAUUUUCGUUCAUUUUUGUCACUAUUAAUUGAAAAUGCAUCUGUUUUCUGGAUGUUGGUUUGUUCGAGUUGUGUUGGCUUGUGAUCAGAUUGCGUUUCACUCGGUAUCCAUGUUUGUUAAUGUGUAUAUCAGUAUUUGGAAGCCAUCAUUGAUUGGCCCUCGUGGUCAAUUAAGGUCAUGGAUGUUAGAAGAAAUGAAUUCAAUCAUGGUGGUCAUCUAGCUUAGGUUCAAUAUCCAACAAGCUUUCUUGGAAUCCAAGUGUUAUAGCGUAGAAACCACUUCAUAACCCCAGUAGUCUGCCUUAGAGCAAAAUGGGUGAUUUUUCCAUUCAGAUUAGUUCAAACCUUGUUAAUAUGCUAAUUGAUGAUACUGAAAAACCAAAAAGAAAACCGAGAAGAAAUAAACCCAAGGUACCCCAAGAAGGUAAAAAGCCCCAAGUAAAGGUUGAUCAGAAACAUACAUCUGAUGAUUCUGGAACGCUCAAAGGAAGCACAAGUGAUGGAUGGCCACACCAACCUGCUCCAAUCUUCCUUCCUAUAAUUCCUCCCGUUCAUCCCGCCAAUGCAGAGCUAGACGCAAUCCGAUCCGUCCUGCAAGACAGUGAAAGGGUUGUGGAUAAGUUACAGAAGCAGGAGGACAACAUGCUGAAGGAAGUUACUCAAAGGGCAAAAGACCUCCAUGACAAGGAGUUCAAGCUCCCUUACCAGAAGCCUAUGCCAUGUGUGGCUGAGAGCCAAGCUUGCUUUCAAUGCUACAAAGAUCAUCCCAACGACUACUUGAAAUGUGCUAGUCUCGUAAAAAAUUUUGAAAAUUGUAACCGGCAAGCUCGGCAGAAAAUAAGUUCGGCGGAGAAGUAGAAUUGUUGUCUGCAAUGAAUUUGUUCCUGAAUUGAGAAUGUUGUGAUUUCAAGUUCUCACUGAGGGAAGGAAAAAAAAACAAAGGAAAAAAAACUGAUUUUGCCAACAGAAAUAACCCAAGACAUGAGUUGGGGAGAUGCUUCAAGUCAAAUUUGUGUAUGACACUUGUUAAACCGUAUUGGCACAGCCUUUCUUUCGUUUAGGCUCUUGCAGAUGUGAGGCUUUUGUUUUUGGUAAUGAAAAUGAAAUCAGAAUUCAGCGGUUUUUUUUAA